AUGCUUCGCAACUCGUUGCAUCGUUUAGGCCGCCUCGGUGCUACUUGCUCACACCAUCACCACCGUCCAUUCACUGCAUUGCGUGCGUUGCCACGUUCGUCUUCAUUCACAUGGACCGCAACAACUACUACCACCUUUCGAUCGAUGCACUCUUCAAGUCUUAAGCAAAGUGCCCUGGCUCAAUUGCGUUCCAAUGGUGUGUUCAAACGACUCAUGAGCAAUGCUGCUGCUACUGCUACUGCCACCAAUACCACUGCAGCGGCUGCCAAGGCGACCGUGACAAAGCCUAUUGUUGCUUACUGGUUAUACUUCAACGCUGGUCUCGUGUUUGCUAUCGUGGUCGUUGGCGGUCUUACACGACUCACUGAGAGUGGUUUAUCUAUCACUGAAUGGAAUGUCAUUUCUGGUAUGAAGCCACCACGUUCAGAGCAAGAAUGGAUCGAAGAAUUCGAAAAGUACAAGCAAUAUCCCGAGUACAAGUUGUUGAAUCGACAUAUGGAACUGAAUGAAUUCAAGACGAUCUUUUAUUGGGAAUGGACACAUCGCAUAAUUGGUCGCUUUAUUGGUGCAGCUUUCAUCCUCCCUGGUUUAUACUUCGCAUCACGUGGUUACAUGUCGAAGCGUGUCAUGAAGCAAACAUUUGGAAUCACUGCAUUGCUUGGUUUCCAGGGCUUUAUGGGAUGGUACAUGGUUAAAUCAGGAUUAUCGCAAGCAUUGAUGGAGGAGCCUGGUGCUGUACCACGUGUGAGCCAAUAUCGUUUGACAGCUCAUUUGGCAACAGCAUUCAUGAUUUACGCCGGCACGAUUUUUGUGGCUGCUGACAUUUUACGCCAACACAAGAUUGCCACAGGCACUUAUCCAAAGGAAGCUGCUGCCAUGCUCAAUAACCCUGUCUUGCACCGUUUCCGCCGAUUCGCUCAUAUCAUGGGCGCUCUCAUCUUUUGCACAGCAAUGUCGGGUGGUUUAGUGGCUGGUUUGGAUGCUGGUCUCAUUUACAACGAAUUCCCUUUCAUGGGUAACAGCAUGAUUCCACCCAAAGCUGAACUCUGGUCCGAUGAUUAUGUUAAGCCUAAUGAUGGCGGCAAAUGGCGUAAUCUGCUCGAGAAUCCUACCACUGUCCAAUUUGAUCACCGUACUUUGGCUGAAUCCACGGCUACUCUUGCAACAGCUCUUUGGUUGUACUCACGCAGAUUGCCUUUGCCUAAGAAUGCACGUGUUGCCAUGAAUACCAUGAUGGGUGCUGUCGUUCUUCAAGUAACACUCGGUAUUUCAACCCUGAUCUACAUGGUGCCGAUCGAGCUGGCUGCGGCACAUCAAGCUGGUGCUUUGGCCCUUUUAACUUCCAACUUUUGGUUAAUCCAUGCUCUUCGAAAAGUUCCUAUCUAA